GUAACGUCGUGUUUCCCUGAAGUGAAAUGAAAAGUGACUGACUUGACGUGAAACGUGACGUGUCCACCCUGAAAUUAUUAUACAUUUGCUUCCGCGUAUUUCCCCCGCCUGUUGUUGAUGGAUGCAAACGGGAACUGAAUGAAACGGCGACUUUGAAAUGACCAACCCUGGGACGCUGUACUGAAGUCGGGACGAGACGGGGGCCGAACCGGACCGAACCGAACCUUCGGAUCAACAUGUCAGUCGCUGUUUAUGUUUUCGUCCUGACACUUUCAACACUAAACGGAGUUGUAUCAGGAGUCCUCAGCAGUCCCACCAAUGUCCAGUUGACCUCCAGGGACCUGAACCUGGUCCUGAGCUGGGAUCCACCUGCAGAAGCACCCAGUGGAUUGAUCUACACCACCGAGUUCAGGAGUCUUGUUACAGACUACAGUCCAGGCUGUGUGAACAUCACAACCUUUCAAUGUGAACUCAGCAAUUUUAACAUCAGUUGCUAUGGGACAUACAUAGCAAAAGUCCGAGCUCUGCUGGGAGAAGACGCCUCAGCCUGGGUGGAGAGUAAAUACAUCACUUUGGAUAAAGAAACCCUGAUCAGUCCUCCCAGCGUGUCGCUCUUACCCAUCGGCCAAACUCUGGAGGUCAGCAUUAAGGAUCCAGAGUUUAAGAUCUGCUCUCUGAGGAAUGUAUACACCAGACUCCGCUACAACAUCACCUACUGGAAGGAAGGACAGGAGGAACAGGAGAGAAUCCACAAUGACUACCAACAGGACCGGGUCAUUUUAGAUGAUCUGGAUCCCUUGACCAAGUACUGCGUACAGGUCCAACUCAUCACCCUCACAAACCCCACCGAGUCCAGUGGUGUCCUGUGUGAGAGGACCGGCGACACCGAAAACUCUCCAGUGGUUGCAGCUGUGAUCGCAUGUGCCGUCAUCGCAGUGGCUGUGGCUGUGACAGUGCCGGCCAUGGUGAAGUGGAAAAGUAUUUCCCACUUCAUAUGGCCAAAAGUUUCUCUUCCGCGGCAUUUUGAAAAGUCUCUGCAGGCUACACCAGAGUCCUCUGUUUGUUUAAUCAUGCAGCCCACUGAGGAGAUCGCCCCGGUGAGCAUCGUUACAGUCGAGGAAAGCAGCCAUGAAGGGACAAAAGAGAGCUGCUACUGCAAACAACUAAAUGGCACAGUGGGGAAUAACUGUCUACAUCCUGCUUGUUGAUGUGACCACAGUUGACCACAAAGACUCGAUAAAAUGGAAGAUUUUCAUUUUAACAAAGACUUCUAAAUAAUGUGAUUCUAAACAGAUAUAUGCCGUCAUCCUACAAACUGUUUAUUUACUGUACCUGUAUUAUAACUGGCUGUGUUAUGGUGACAUAAAAUGUCACAUGCUGUACGGCGUUUCUGAAGACAUGGAAGUAGUUUUUUGGGAGAAUUGUUUGUAAACAUGUAAAACUGAAGAAGUUUUCACAAUCAAACAUUACUAAUUUAAUUGUUUGCACUUUUACCAGUCCAGAGAUGUUCAAAACCAAAGCUGAACUGUUUUUUUAUUGUGUGCUGAUGAAACUGAACUACAAAGUGUGUUUGAAAAUUUUUAUGUGUUGAAAUAAUAAAAUGCAGUUCUUGAUUUGUCUUUA